AUGCACGAUGAAUUUCGAGCAUCUGAGUGCUAUGCCUCUUCUCAUCAAUCUCUUAGCAUAAAUCUUCAAAACUAUGACUAUAUUCAAGAUGCGACUUCUAAAGGUUUUAGUGUAACAUACAUAAAUAAAGAAAAGCAAAUUUCCUGAGAUCCAAUCACAGGAAUCACUAGAAAAACAGAAGGAGGGUUUGCAUUAACUAUUGAAACUCCUGAAGCCCUUGCACUGAAGCAAAAGCAUGAAAAAGACAUCGCUCUGCUAGAAUUAUCUCAUAAUGAGAAAUCAGAAAACUUGAGAAAAGAAUUUGACUGGAAAUUCGAUCAACUUAUGCAAGAAGCACGUUUAGAGCUGCAAAGACUUGAGAAAUCCAAACAAGAAAAACUCGAAGUUUUGAGAGAAAAUCACAAUUGGCAAAUUUCUCAAGAGAAUGGCCAAUAUAAUAGUGAGAUUGCAGUAAUAGAUAGACAAAGAGAGGAAGCUGAAAAUAAGCAUAGAAAUAAGAUAGCUCAGUUGAACCAAGAAAAAAUUGAUUGAAUGAAUAAUGCGAAUGCGGAAUUUCAGCUGCAAGUUCAGCAAAUAGCUCAUCAGCACGAAUAUCAAAUGACAGCGUUGAGAAAUCAAGAGAGUGAAGUCAGGAGGCAAGAAGCAGAAGCAAAUAAUAGCUUUCAGCAAAUUAAAGCACAGCAAGCAAGAGUGCUGCAGGACGCCCAACAACAGUACAGACAAAAACAUUGAUUCGAAUUAUUUUUUUUUAAACAAUAA